CUGCAAUGGGAUGAGGUAGGAGCCAAGAGCUCCUGGUGACAUCAAAGAAAAUCUUUGAGUGUAUUCUGAAUAUUCCUCCGUCUCUGUGAAUAGGAGGUGAGGCCUCAGGUUGUCUGCUACAGGUAUGGCUAUCUUAAACCACACUGGUAUGAGACAAGUCUUCCGCUUGCUGGGCAUCCCGGGACUAGAGAACCAGCACCUGUGGAUUUCCAUUCCUAUUGUCAUUUCCUAUGUUGUUGCCUUACUUGGGAACAGCCUGCUCUUCAUUAUCCUCACAAGGUGCAGCCUCCAUGACUCCAUGUACCUCUUUCUCUGUAUGCUGUCUGGGGCAGACAUUGUCCUCGCUACCUGUAUAGUACCUCAGGCCUUGGCCAUCUUCUGGUUCCACGCUGGGGAGAUCUCCUUGGAUUGCUGCAUCACUCAGGUCUUCUUCCUCUCUUCCACCUUCAUCUCUGAGUCAGGGAUCUUGCUGGUAAUGGCAUUUGACCGCUACGUUGCUAUAUGCUACCCACUGAGAUAUACUGCUAUUCUUACACAUGCCCUCAUUGGGAAAAUGGGUGUGAGUAUCUUUCUGAGAAGUAAUGGCACAAUUUUCCCCAUAAUAUUUCUUCUGAAAAGAUUGACUUUCUGCAAAAGUAACAUCCUCCCAAACACUGCUUGUAAGCACAUUGUCUUGGCUCACAUUUCUUGCAACAAUAUCCGAAUAAACAUCUGGUAUGGGUUUUUUGUACUAAUGUCAACCUUGGUCUUAGAUGUUAUGCUAAUUUUUGUUUCUUAUGUGCUGCUCCUCCAUGCUGUCUUCUACAUUCCUUCCCAAGACACUCGCCACAGAGCUCUGAACACCUGUGGCGCCCAUAUCUGUGUCACCAUCCUCUUUUAUGGGCCUGGGAUCUUCUUAGUCCUCACUCAGCAGUUUGGAGGCCACAUCUUACCACAUAUCCAUGUCCUGCUGGCCAAUGUGUAUAUUCUUGUUCCACCUAUGCUGAAUCCCAUCAUUUAUGGGAUUAAGACCAAACAGAUCCAGGACCAGGUUGUUCAUGUGUUCUUUACAAAGCACACAUGA